AUGGAUUCACAAAUUCUUGUCCUGUUGUUCGCCAGCAACCACCCCGGACACGAUGUCUACGGAGAAGCCUUCCCGUCCUCUCAUACGCCCUAUGGCCGAGAGACGAAAACGAUCAUGCAGCGAGUGCCGGCGGAGAAAGCAAAAGGCACCCCCACCAGCCCCUGCCCGUUAAUAUGUACGUUCCCAAAUUCCUCUUAUCAACAAUGGAUUGCGAGAGCGCUGAUGGGAAAUCAACAAGUCAUAGAAGCAUGUCAACGAAGUACGAAGGCGCUGAGCAGGAACGAGAUUCUCGCAGCACGGUGCGCUGCUAUUCAGGGGCUGCACAAGAUGAUUGCCGACCCGGCCACCGCGACCAGCGACGAGGGCAUCACAGCGGUCGUGACCCUGGUUCUCAACGACCUAUGCUUCGGGGAGACCCAGGCACUGCGGGUCCAUGUCGACGGCGCUCGUGAGAUGGUCAUGGCACGCGGCGGCCUGGCGGCUUUGGGCCAACAAGACCUAGCCAAGAUGGUGCUUGUCGCCGACCUCGCCACGGCCGUGGCCGUUGACACGACACCCUCCUUCUCCGAAGCCGAUCUCUCGGCAUACAGGCAGUCCCUCGGUGCCUCUUCCGCGCCCACACUCAACGGAGCAAGCCCUCCAAAUCCAGCAGCCCCAAGACCAACGCCCCGAAGGUCAGCACUCUUCCGAAGCAACAAUUUAACCCUCAUCACUGUGCACCCGCCGCGCAACCCAACCCUCGACCUCCUCACCACCGCCAUGCUCGCCGACACCAACUUCCUUCUCGACACAGUCCUCAACCUCCCUCCGAACUCGCCCCGAGCCCAACUGCACAAAGUCCUCGUCAUGCCAAACCCAAAUCCAAACCUAACCCCCAACCAAGCCCUCCACCGCGCAAUCCUCCUCUCCUCCCAGCUCUACUGCCGCGCCAUCCAGACCCGCCAACCCCUAGCAAGUGUGGCACGGAUUCAAGACGCGCUGGACCUGCUCGAGGCCGUGCGGGCCGUGCCGUGGGGCGUGUGGGAACAGGGCCGGGGCCGGGGCCGCUCGGGGACUGGAGAAGGGGAGGGGGAUGGAGAGGGGAUGCUGCAGACGUUGGUGGCGGUGUUGGUGGUGGUGUUGCCUGUGAUGAUGAGGGUGGGGAUGGGGGGCGGUGAUGAUGGUGGUGGCGGUGGUGGGGGGCACAACAACAACAACGGGUUAAACUCGGGGGGGUAUGGGUUUGGGUUUGGGUCUGGGUCUGGGUCUGGGUCUGAGUAUGGGUAUGGGCAUGGGUAUGGGGGAAGGGGGAUGGUGGUGGCAGCUGUGGUGAGGCUUGCGUUGAUGGACUGGGAGGGCGCGGUGCGGAUGUUGGGGAGGGUAGUUAGGUUGCAGGCGUGGCUUCGCGGUGUAGGCAACAGGUGA